AUGCCAUCCGACGAGAGCCAUCAGACAAGGACGCCUUUGCUCGGCAACAGUCAGAGAGGAGCAGGAGCCAGGAUACGUUCAACCUCCCGCAACGUCCGCGACAAGACCAGCAGUGGCGUCUCGCUCAUCACAAACAUCUUCCGCGGCGGCCUUUUCUCCCCGCCGACGUUGACGUACGACCCGCUGCUCUUGCUUCUGAACCACGACGAGAAGAGCGAGCGGGACAGGCUCACCGAGAAAUGGAAAGACAACAAGUUGCAAGAGCUCAACUUCGUCGGCGUCGUGGCCGCUCUGCUCGCGAACGUUCUGACGUCAACUGGUUCGUGGCCGAACCUGCUGCCACCGGGCACCACGACGCCGUGGCCCGUCCGCACGUCGUGGUUCUGCGGCAUCGCCUUUGCUCUUGCCAGCGUCUUGACCGCGGCAGACCAAACGAUCCGGCUCCACCGGAUGGCGGGGCACCGAGACGGCCUGGUCCUCAUCAGACAGUCGCUGCGCACCAAAGACCGCGUGUUGAUCGGCACGGAAUGGAAGUAUCGCCCCCGGCAGAUGCAGGUCUACGCGUGGCAGCUGGGGGUCCUGUUCCUGGCGGGAUCGGUGCUGUUCAUGAUGUCCGGGCUGAUCUUCCUCGUCUGGAGUGCCGUGGUCGAGGACUUGGGCCAAGGAAGGGGGUUUGAUGAAAACGGAAAGGUUGCCGUGAUAUUCACCGUUGUGGCCCUAAGCGUGGCCGUCGUAUUCGUCGUGGGGCAAGCAACUCUCUACCACCCGGUGCCGAAAGGAGGCGAUAUUGAGGAUGCCGAGUAA